AUGUGGUACAUCCAUGUGGCGAUCAUGAUAUGGGUUGGCUUCGGGUUCCUGAUGACCUUCCUCCACCGCUACAGCCUGGGGGCCGUCAGCCUCAACUUUCUGGCCUCCUGUGUCGUCACCCUGGAGGCCGUGUUCUUGGUGGGAGCGUUCUACUACAUGGACAACCAUGACCCAGGCAGCAGGUUCACAGUGAGCUUGGACAUUCCGCUUCUCAUCGAGGGCCUGUUCGCAGCUGGUGCUGGCAUGAUCACCUUUGGGGCGGUGCUGGGCAAGGUGUCCCCUUCGCAGCUGCUUCUGCUGAUGGUGCUGGAGGUGCCAUUCUAUGCAGUGAACGACUACUACCUGAUUGGGAAGGCGUUCACAGCUAGGGACGUUGGUGGCAGCAUGGCAAUCCACACGUUUGGUGCCUACUUCGGUUUGGCAGCAACCCUCUUCCUCUCGAAGAAGGGCACUGGCUCCACACACGCCCAAAACAAGAGCAAUUACACAUCCGAUGUGACCUCUAUGAUUGGCACAAUCUUCCUGUGGAUCUUCUGGCCGAGCUUCAACGCAGCCAUUGCUCUGCCGCCGGAUGGUCGUUUCACUGCCGUCAUCAAUACGGUCGUUUCCCUCACCGGUGCCUGCAUGGUGACCUUCUUGAUGUCAGCCAUUGUGGACGGCAAGUUCAACAUGGUCCACGUUCAGAACGCCACACUCGCAGGUGGUGUUGCGAUUGGCUCGAGCGCAGACUUGGUUGGUGCGGGCCCAGGAGGUGCCCUGGCCAUUGGCAUAGUAGCUGGCAUCCUCAGUGUCGUUGGCUUCAAGUACGUCUCUCCCCUUCUGGAAAAGUCGAUUGGUCUUAUGGACACUUGCGGGGUGCACAACCUUCAUGGGAUGCCUGGGCUGCUGGGAGGAGUGGCCGCCGCUGCGAUUCUCAUGGUUGAUGACGAUAUGGCGGGGUGCGGACACCAGCUGCUUGCCUUGCUCGUGACAUUUGGGAUCGCCAUUGGCGGUGGCGCUUUGUCGGGAUUCCUUGUCAGCCUUGUUGACCGCUUGGACACAGAAGCCGCCGUCAACUAUGCCUUCAACGACGAGGGAGCCUUCCACGUCGAAGUUUGA